GGCGGUGUUUCGUUUCUACUGCAUCGACCGUGGCUCGUUUGUUCUGCGCCUGCGCAAAAAGUAAUUCGACCCUCAAACCCGGAUGUAACCAACGCCUAACCUGUCUGAGGAAAAACGAUGCAGACUAUAAAAUGUGUUGUGGUAGGGGACGGUGCAGUAGGAAAGACCUGCUUACUGAUCUCCUACACAACCAACAAAUUCCCCUCCGAAUAUGUGCCUACGGUUUUUGACAACUAUGCAGUGACAGUGAUGAUUGGGGGCGAGCCCUAUACACUUGGCCUAUUUGACACAGCAGGUCAGGAGGAUUAUGACCGGCUGCGUCCACUCAGCUAUCCACAGACAGACGUAUUCCUUGUAUGUUUCUCCGUUGUCUCACCCUCAUCAUUUGAAAACGUCAAAGAGAAGUGGGUUCCUGAAAUCUCUCACCACUGCCCACGCACCCCCUUCCUGUUAGUCGGCACCCAAGUGGACCUGCGGGAAGACAGCAACACGAUCGAGAAGCUGGCAAAGAACAAACAGCGCCCCCUAUAUCCUGAGGCCGGAGAGAAGCUGGCUCGUGAGCUGAAGGCUGUCAAAUAUGUGGAGUGCUCUGCUCUGACACAGCGAGGGCUUAAGAAUGUGUUUGACGAGGCCAUCCUGGCAGCCUUGGAGCCUCCUGAGACCAAAACCAAGAGAAAGUGCAUUCUGCUAUAGAUGACCAACGACAGUGAGAGGUGCGACAGUAUAUGAAAUAGGCUGGAUGAAUCAAAGCGUCAGAAAGAUCAAUGGCCAUUAUGAAAAAAAAGAAAAAAGAGGACGAAGCAAAAGGCGAAGGGAGACUUAUCCUAAUACAAGUGUACACUGAUUGUGCCUUCAAACUAAACUUUGAAAGAGGCUGAGGAAGCAAAACUUCAGCUAGCAGUCCAUGCAGCAAGUGUCACCUAUCUCUUUUUCUGAAAGCUUUUAAGAAUUGCAGUGUUCUCUCUACAAUUACUGAGGUGGGGCCGGCCCCCCCUGCCUGUCUCUGUCGCUCCACUUAACAGGAAAGAGAUUAUUUUGUUUAGUCGCCUUCGGCCUUGUCUGUGUUUGACUUUUUAUGGCUUAUUAGCGCUUUUAAAACCCACUGUUAGGAAAUAACAAUGGGAAACACUUUCAACAUUAAGUUUUUUUUUUAAUGAACUUUGGUUAGUACAUUUAAAGGGGCAACUUAAUGUUAGGUGGUACUCUAUUUGCUUUCUUUUCUUACCCUUUUGGAUUGAAUAAUGAAAGCACAAGAGGUUUAUCGUCACUCCAAACUAAGGCAAAUGUCUGUAAUGCUUCCUUUCUUCCAAUUCACUGAGACUUUUGCAGAGGCCAAGAGCAUUUUCACACCUUCAAUUUCCCUUCUUCAGUUGACUCACAAAUUUGUAUUUUAUUCUUCUUUUGUGUAUAUUGUAUUAAUUCUGUGACUCUGUUUUGGGAAAUUUUGUUAGCAGUUAUUCAUUUUGAAACUUGAGUUUUUAUUUUAUCAAGAUUCUUUUUUUAUUGCUAAACAACCAACUUUGAGCGAUGGAUAAUAUAACAAAUUAAGUUGUAAUAUUGUAAUAUUUUAAAUAGAUCUUAAUCUUGAUAGAGAUUGAGAUGAUAACCUUUGCUAGUAAAAUUCUGGGUGUUUGUAAUGACAGGAUAUUUUUAAUAAAAACAGUUUAAUGACA